AGGCCGGUGAGCGGGGUGCUGAUGCUGCACCCAUUUGAAUCACUGAUUACAGACCGCCCCAGCUUCUUCUCACCCGCUGUCCUAGUCUUAACACACAGGACUCCAGGGCAUCCUCCUCAUCUCCCUCUUCCCCUUCGGACGCUCCUCGGUCCCCACCGCCCACCCUCCCGCGGUCACCUGCUCGCAGGUGACCUAGGUGGAACGGAGCCGCCGAGUGCGCAGCUGCCACCGCCCGCAGAAAGUGGCUCCGGCAGGCGCCGGCUCAUCCGGGGGCCGCCACUGCCUGGAGUUAGCGCGUGAGGGAGAGGCAGACAGCCCUGCGGGGGCACGUGGGGAGCAGCGGGCCGGGAAUCACAGCCCAGCCCCGGGGCCGCGUCUGCACGUCUGGCCCGGCGGCGGGGAGGCCCUGGCUCCUCGCUCCGGCAGCGGGCGCAGAAGCAGCGGCCAGAGAGAGGCAGCGCCGCCGCCCGCCGCCCGCAGCCGCGCCGGUCCCCGCCUCCUCGCCACACGCGCGCCGUCUCCACCGCGUCUGGAUGUGCGCCGCGGGCUCCGGGGGACACGGCUGACGAGCGCGCGGCCCCAACAGGACUAGAACACAUUACGGAAACUAGUCACCCACGGCAGCUCCCUGUGGACAGAUUGCGACUUUGAAAGCUUGCGAGUGUUUUCUCCUGAAUCCUGCCAUGUGGAGUCUUUGAGGCAUCCAGUCUGCCCAGCCCCUGAGUGAAUCUCCUUCACUUGGUAUGUAAGGGAGCACCUCGCCUGCACCAUGACAAACCCGGAAAAAUGGGCCCAUCUCAGCCCCUCCGAAUUUUCUCAGCUCCAGAAAUACGCCGAGUAUUCUACAAAGAAGUUAAAGGAUGUUCUUGAAGAAUUCCACGGUAACGGUGUGCUUGCAAAGUAUAAUCCUGAAGGGAAACAAGACAUUCUUAACCAAACAAUAGAUUUCGAAGGUUUCAAGCUAUUCAUGAAGACUUUCCUGGAAGCCGAGCUUCCUGAGGAUUUCACUGCACACCUUUUCAUGUCAUUUAGCAACAGAUUCCCUCAUUCUAGUCCAAUGAUAAAAACCAAGCCUGCGCUCCUCUCGGGUGGUCUGAGGAUGAGUAAAGGCGCUGUUACCCCUCCUCGCACGUCUCCUGCAAACACCUGCUCCCCAGAAGUCAUCCACCUGAAGGACAUUGUCUGCUACCUGUCUCUCCUUGAAAGAGGACGGCCUGAAGAUAAACUCGAGUUUAUGUUUCGCCUUUAUGACACCGAUGGGAACGGCUUCCUCGACAGUUCGGAACUAGAAAACAUCAUCAGUCAAAUGAUGCAUGUUGCCGAGUACCUCGAGUGGGACGUCACGGAACUGAACCCAAUACUUCAUGAAAUGAUGGAGGAGAUUGACUAUGACCACGAUGGCACCGUGUCCCUGGAGGAAUGGAUCCAAGGAGGGAUGACCACCAUCCCACUGCUCGUGCUCCUGGGCUUGGAAAACAACGUGAAGGACGAUGGACAGCAUGUGUGGCGACUGAAGCACUUCAACAAGCCCGCCUACUGCAACCUCUGCCUGAACAUGCUGAUUGGCGUGGGGAAGCAGGGCCUCUCCUGCUCCUUCUGCAAGUACACAGUCCACGAGCGCUGUGUGGCUCGAGCCCCGCCCUCCUGCAUCAAGACUUACGUGAAAUCCAAAAAGAACACGGACGUCAUGCACCAUUACUGGGUGGAAGGCAACUGCCCAACCAAAUGCGAUAAAUGCCACAAAACGGUCAAAUGCUACCAGGGGCUGACGGGGCUGCAUUGUGUGUGGUGUCAGAUCACCCUGCAUAACAAGUGCGCCUCUCACCUCAAACCCGAGUGUGACUGUGGACCGCUGAAGGACCAUAUUUUACCUCCCACAACAAUCUGCCCGGUGGUGCUGCAGACUCUGCCCACUUCAGGAGUUUUGGUUCCUGAGGAAAGACAGUCAACAGUGAAAAAGGAAAAGAGUGGCUCCCAGCAGCCAAACAAAGUGACUGACAGGAACAAAAUGCAGAGAGCCAACUCUGUGACUGUGGAUGGCCAAGGCCUACAGAUCACUCCUGUUCCUGGUACUCACCCACUUUUAGUUUUUGUGAACCCCAAAAGUGGUGGGAAGCAAGGAGAACGAAUUUACAGAAAAUUCCAGUACCUACUAAAUCCUCGUCAGGUUUACAGUCUUGCUGGAAAUGGACCGAUGCCAGGGUUAAACUUUUUCCGUGAUGUUCCUGACUUCCGAGUGUUAGCCUGUGGUGGAGAUGGAACUGUGGGCUGGAUUUUGGAUUGCAUAGAAAAAGCCAAUGUGGUCAAGCAUCCUCCAGUUGCUAUCCUGCCUCUUGGCACUGGCAAUGAUCUGGCAAGAUGCCUGCGAUGGGGAGGAGGUUAUGAAGGUGAGAAUCUGAUGAAAAUCCUGAAAGAUAUCGAAAGCAGCACAGAAGUGAUGUUGGACAGGUGGAAGUUUGAAGUCAUACCUAACGACAAAGAUGAGAAGGGAGACCCAGUGCCUUACAGUAUCAUCAAUAACUACUUUUCCAUCGGCGUGGAUGCCUCCAUUGCACAUAGAUUUCACAUCAUGAGAGAAAAACACCCAGAGAAGUUCAACAGUAGAAUGAAGAACAAAUUUUGGUAUUUUGAGUUUGGCACCUCUGAAACAUUCUCAGCCACCUGCAAGAAGCUUCAUGAAUCUGUAGAAAUAGAAUGCGAUGGGGUACAGAUAGAUCUGAUCAACAUCUCCCUGGAAGGAAUCGCUAUUUUGAACAUACCAAGCAUGCAUGGAGGAUCCAAUCUUUGGGGAGAGUCUAAGAAAAGACGGAGCCAUCGCCGAAUAGAGAAAAAAGGGUCUGACAAAAGGACCACACUCACAGAUGCCAAAGAGUUGAAGUUUGCAAGUCAAGAUCUGAGUGACCAGCUGCUGGAGGUGGUUGGCUUGGAAGGAGCCAUGGAGAUGGGGCAGAUCUACACGGGACUGAAAAGUGCAGGCCGGCGGCUGGCCCAGUGCUCCUCCGUGCUCAUCAGGACCAGCAAGUCUUUGCCAAUGCAGAUCGACGGGGAGCCCUGGAUGCAGACCCCAUGCACAAUAAAAAUUACACACAAGAACCAAGCCCCAAUGCUGAUGGGCCCCCUUCCAAAAACUGGGUUAUUCUGCUCCCUCGUCAAGAGAACAAGAAACCGAAGCAAAGAAUAAUCCUGUAUCAUCUCCUCCUUAGAAAUGCAAUUAGCAUAAUUGGGCCAUGGAACACGUGUGCUGGAAUCUUUGAACCCUUUCAAGUCUCCUGUUCAUGCAAAAACCAUGGAGUUGGUUUAACAGGUUUUGUUUUUUUUUUUUCUACCGAGCUAAUGUGAAACUCAGCUAAUAGAACAUUUAUUGUCUCAGUUGUCACAGGCAUCUUUGCAUGAAGAAAUACAUGAAGUAAUACUGCCUAUUUUUGUUGCAUGCAUCCCCAUAAAUUUUUAUGUUUCCUGGUCAUGUCUUCUCCAAUUUCCAUUUACUAACCCAUGAGAAAAAUCUAAUUCCAAUGAUGAAUAAGCACUGUCAGUAAUGCUACAAUGGUCAUAAUUGUAGGUUGCUUUGCUUUUCCCUGUUAGAAUCAGCGUAUUAAUGAUCUUUGACCCUUGACAGAAGGGAAACUUUUAACUCAACAAUUUUAUGAAAUAGUUGUCUACAAUACCUUGCUGUAUCUAAAUACCUUUUCCUCAACAUCUUAACUCCUCUGAGUGGAAAUUAAAAUGUCAGGUAUAAAGUGUUCUUGUGAUGAAAAAUAGAAAGCACUUUUUGUUUAGCUUGUUUUUAACUCCAGAAAUAAGUGAAAACUUGUUACUUGGCAGUGAAGUGUGGUAAUAUGGUAAGCCUUCUUCCUUUCUGCAUGAGACUCUACAAGAAUUCAUAACCACAACAGUAACCAAAUAGAUGUUUUAAACUAUGUGCCUAAUUAAUGUAUUUCCCACCAAAGAGUCAGAAAAAGAUGCUUGAGAGAAAUGGGUGGAUGCAUAGUUAAUUAAGCAUCGUGGAGAUGUGUGGUACUACGAUUAAUUACGCGAUGACCAAAUAGCUGGAAGAGAUUUGCCCAUGAAUUAGGUUUAAAUUCUCAGUUUCCACAUAAAAUAGGCUAUACAACACAAUCAAAGCUCAUAGCUGAUUUCUUGCUUUUUUUGGUCACUUAUAAAUAUCCAUGUCUGUAAUUUUUCAUGGCUCUGUUAAGUGUACUUGAAGAAAGUGAACAAUUGCAUCCGUUCCUCUCUAGUACCUUUAAGAAGAACAAUGAGUUCUCCGAAGCAGCUCAUGCAUGUGAUAUGUGCCACCCCCUCACCUACUGCCUUCCUCAAUCUGUGACACUACAAAUGUUCAUUUGCAUAUAAUGGCUUGGCUGGGUGUCAAAGGUGUCCAUGGCAUGGGUGGAAGCUGGAAGCACUGAUUGUUCAAACAAGUCAUGGAAUGGUACUUUGCUCAGUGUUUCAUCGAGACUAUGCCAUAAAAUGAAAAGUCCCUGUGCAGCCGUGGUAUUGUUCACUCGUACUGACCUGCAUCUCAUCAUUGCAUGUUUUAUGUUUUCGAACAUAUCACAAGGAAAACGAGUGCUUGAAAUGCAUGAUUUAUUGGUUUUUCUCUCCACUCUGCAUUAAAGUGCCAAUGAUUUAUCAGUUCUAUUUUUCUAUGGAUUCAUUCAUCUUUGAAUAACAAAUAGCAUUUCGUGAUUCUGUUGAACACAGCCUUGCGCAUGGAUUUAUGGAUUUCAAGUGAAAUUGCUAUAAUUUUAGUUCUUUGGUUUGAAAACUCAACUGAAUGCUGUUAUAUUAAAUAGCUACUCUCAAGCAAUGUGCUAUAAUAGAUUAUGUAUAAAGCGUAUUCUCUUAGUGUUCCCAGAACAUUGGACAGUAAAUAUCAAUCAACAAUAAGUUUAAUUGCUUUAAAAAUAAAAACAUUUGAAUAGAAUUGGGACAUAAUUUAGCAUUCCCAGAAAAAUCAUGAACACAAUUGCAAAUUUAGUACAGCAACCACUUGCCCUGGUAUAAUAACAAAAGUACACCCAAAGAAACCUCAAAACAGCAACAAAUGCAUUCCUAACAUAAUGUCACAUAACACACACACACACACACACACUGAUUUUGUGUGUCUAUGGUUACAGGUAACAAAUAUUUUCACAUGAAUUGACAAAACUUUCCACCAUAGGCAGGCAGACUUUGUGUCGAAAACAUUUUGCAGCCAUAAAUUAUUUUAUAUUCGGUACAGCAUGCAAUGACUUCUUUUGGCUACCUUUUAUGGUACAUAGCUGGAAGACAGCAACAGCCCGUGCCUCAUUCUGAGCGAUCUGUGGAGUGCAAAGCCAUUGGACAGACAGUGAGAUGAGGCCAGUGACACAACCUGCCCCCCGAAAUUCCAGCUCUGAAAUCAUACAAGGCAGCUGCCCUGCAGUGUGAACAGAUAACCAUACUUAGCACCGAGGUAGUUACUCACACUCACCAUCACAUGGAUUCAUCGGUACCGAUAACCAAUGUCCACAGAUGACUCAACCUUGACUUUGCCCAACUCAUUUUCUACAGAUACUGAUGUGCAGUGCCCUUCAGGCCCACUACUGCUGGGGUCUGGAAAGUUAUCUUUAAAACUUUACUUUGAUGCUUUUGAAGUCACUGAAGAUGUUUUCUCCAUUUUUUAUGACGGCUUCGUGUGAAGAAUAUAUAUUUUCAGGAAAAUUCUAAACUGAGAGAUCUAUGGCAUAUUAAAAUAUGGAAGAAUGAAUGUUAGCUUUAUGAAAUGGAAACUUCUCUUCUAUGUGUGUGGAUGUUUGUGUUGCCGAGUCAAACUCUUUUUAAAUGCAGUAGACACGACAGAAUAAAUUUUCAGUGGAUAAAGUUCCUUGAUAAAACUGACACUGGACUUGACGGAGGUCAGAGGAAGGUGGAAAGAGACAGCGGCGCUCUGCUAAACACUGCCAAAAACUGAACUGGUAAACAGAGAGAUUCCAGAACCUACCUGCAUAUCCACGCAUCUAAGAAAUAGGAAUGAUGGUAUCUAUGUAGACCCUGAAAUUUUCAAGUACAGAAAUGUAUUUUUGUAAUCCAUGUGUAUACCAUGUGCAUUUAAUGUGAAAGGUACUGACUGUGAUGGAAGGCAAUAAUGCCUUGCAGGAAGUGAAAAAAAAAAAUGACACUGUAAAGCACUUUUCAGACUGCUUGUGUGCUCAUGGCCAGAGGCUGAGAGAUCUCACGUGGACAGGGACAGCCCAUUGCAGGCAGGGAUUUAAAUCCGUGAACGGGAAGGGACCACAUACCUGUUUCUGUGCUCUGUCUUUUUCUUUCUGUAGGGGCCUGGGAAGCAACUGUGAUGAUGACGAAGGCGUUUUCUUUGAAUCUCUGACUGUGUCCCCUAUUCCUUAGAUGGUUCCAUUCCUUUUUGUGUCAACAUGAAUUUGUCCUCUACUCAUUGUGAAAAAAGAGAAUGGACUUUUCAUGGUACAUGUAAUCCCCAAAGAACUACAGAUAACAGAAUUUAUUCUAGAUAAAAAGACCAAACCCUUGUAACACACAUGGAGGCUGUAAAAUACCUGCAAAGGAGCUUUCAUUUUGUGAAAGGUAGAAAUCGCCCCCUGAAGGUCCCGAUUAAAUUUUACUGUAUUUAAAUAAAGUUUGAAUGAACUCAACAUUUGAAAGAUUCUAAA